AUGGAAGGAGACGUGUUUUCAGGAUUUGGAGAAAGGCACAAUAUAGAUGGGAAGCUGUUGCAGAGUUUCCAGAAAAGCUUUGUGGAUGUUCAAGACAUUUUGGAUCAAAACCGGUUACUGAUCAACGAGAUCAACCAGAACCAUGAGUCGAAACAACCAGAUAACUUGGGUCGAAACGUGGGUCUGAUUAAAGAGCUUAACAACAACAUCAGAAGAGUAGCUAGCCUUUACGGUGAUCUCUCUCAUUCUUUUGCAAGGACAGUGGAUGCUUCAUCAGAAGGUGAAUCCAGUGGAACUCUGAAGUCUGAUGGCAAAGCUAACCAGAAGAGAUUUAGAUCCGGUUAG